UCCUAACCUAUUGCCUAGUCUGAAGUUGCUUCCUAGGACAGUGUAAAUUAUCGAACGACUAAUUAGGAUUUGUAAGAUACAAGGAAGUUAUGAGCUUCCAACAUUAACCAGCUGCAGACUUCGUAUUCGCGGUCACUAUAUAAGAAGGUGUGAGUUAGCCGUCGGGGUUUUGACAGCAAGGCCACUUCUCUAGUCAGAUAUUCGCAGUCUACGAGCUUGGUUUGGAUUCUUCGAGUACUUCAUCUUUUCGCUGCGUAUCAGCAUUAGUUUGAGCAAAAAGUCGAUUCAAACAUGGUCCGCUCUAUGUUCGUUGUGGCUCUAGCCGCCGCAUCAGCUGCUCUCACUACUAGCCAGGAAAUCAACAAUGAGCCGCUAUUCACGAUCGAGUUGGGACCUGGUGUGACACAGCAGGUGACUGAAGCUGAGAAGCUAGCCCUCAAGUUUAAGGAAGGGAAGUCGUUCAUCGAUAUCACCAACCGAAAGAAUUUUGUACAAUCAGCGUCAACCGAAAACUCUGCCAAAACCGCAGCAGUAAUAUACCCCUACUCACUAAACCAGACCGACACUGUUCACGGUCUCAUUUCUAAGCUUAGCAGGGAUAAUAUGCAAGACAAGUUGACGACUCUCUCCGAGUUCCACUCUCGAUUCUACAAUACCACUUGGGCUAAGGAUGCUUCCGACUGGCUUCUCUCGGAGGUUCAGGGGAUCAUAACGGGGAGUGAAGCCAAAGGCGCGACGGUAAAACCAUUCGAGCAUAAAUGGGCACAGAACAGCAUCAUAGCUACGAUUCCCGGCAGGUCCACCAACAAGAUUGUAGUUGGUGCGCAUAUUGAUUCUGUUAACCAGGAUGGUUGGGACGCUCGAUCACCUGGUGCUGACGACGACGGAUCAGGCUGCGUGACAAACCUGGAAGCUAUGAAAGCUCUCUUAAGCGAUCCCACAAUUGCAGCUGGGGAGGCGAACAACACGAUCGAAUUCCACUGGUACUCCGGUGAGGAGCUUGGCCUGCUUGGCAGCGGCGAAAUAUUCGACUCGUACGCUGCUGAUGGAGUUGUUGUCAAGGCGAUGCUCCAGCAGGACAUGACGGCAUGGGGCGACAAUCCUAUGGGUGUUAUAACCGACUAUGUCGACCAGGACCUCACGGCUUUCAUCCGCCUAGUCAGCGAGUAUACUGACAUCGGCUACGUCGACACACACUGUGGCUACGCCUGCUCGGACCACGGAUCCGCUACUGCUGCCGGUUACCCAGCUGCUUUUGUCAUCGAAUCCGACAGGCAGAUUUCCAACAAUAACAUCCACAGUGCGAACGAUACCCUCGACACCAUCAACUUCGACCACAUGCUUGAACAUGCCAAGCUUGUCCUUGGUUACGCGUACGAGCUUGCUUUAUCUCCUCUGUAAUUCGAACUCUUUAGGUUAUCGGCUAUUGUGUGGAUUAUUUGCAUUUGUUGCCUGACUUACGAUGUAUAUAUAAUUAAUAGAUGCCUUUGCUGUGGAUAGCGAGCAUGUGUUGACUGUAGAACUCUGACUAUAUUUAGUAUCACUUACUGGAGAUACCUUGAAAA